UGACAGAUACAUAUACGAGUAAGAAGGCGUGACUCCCUCUCCUCCCCUCCCACUUUUUCAUUCCCAUUUAUAAAUUUAAUUCUCAAUUCACUCCAAAUCUCAUCUCAUCUCACGUUUUCUUUUUGAUCGACGAUGGAGGGUUCGUCUACAAGCCAUAAACGCAAGAAAAAUGACGAUCAUACUAAGAAGAGCAAGAAGAGACAACAUGUGAGAGCCAGCAAUGUAGAAAACAAGAUGGAGGAGAAGAGAAGUGGGAGUAAUGAGGAGAGUUUCGGAGUGUUUGAGUUCCCGUGGAUGAAGGAGAGUAUGAUCUCGACCUCCCUCGAUUGGAGUCUACCGGAAUCUCUUUUUCCGGUUUUAGAUGAUGGUAAUGAGAUGUUUGAAGAGAUUAGUGAUGUGAGAUGGCCAGUGAAAAGGGUUAGUAAUUAUAGGUUGGAGUUUGAGGCCUUUGAAUGCAUUUGGACUUCUAUUUUGGAUUAGAUUGAAAUAUAUAUGUUAGCCAUGUAACUUACAAUGCAUUGAGAGUCUAGGACCAAACAAUGAAACUGUUUUCAUUUUUCUUUUAUGUUGAUAAUAAUGUGUUUGUUGAGAUGUAAAAGAGAGUAGAAGGGAAGGACCGAAGGAGUAGUUUUUGGUUUUUUAGAUAGGACGAAAAUAAAACAACAUUUCUUGUUGAAUUUUGCAUUAGUAUAUACGUGGGUGUUAAAAUUUCCUUUACGAUUAGUCCUUCAACUUCGUCAAUCGCCGAGCUUUGUGGCCUCUCUCCAGGACUUGACAAAACCAAUCUAAAACUUUUCUCUGAUGACAUGCAUGAUGUGUCGUCCUUGUUGGAUCAUAGACACAGCCACUGUUUGGAAUCAUAUACUUUCUGACCUCAACUUCAACACUUGGUCAGGUCUAUACACAUGUGUCCAAAUAGAAGUGAAAACAGUUUGAAUGCAUUGUAAAUCACCCUUAAUCUUUUUCCUUGAUAAUAAAUCGAGCGGGCCAUGAGAAGCUAAA